AUGAGCAUUAGAUUCAGCGUCAACGGUUUCCCCUACGAGGUGCUGGCGGCGGACUACGCCCCGGACACCACCCUCAACGCCUUUUUGCGACAGCACCUACAUCUGACGGCCACCAAGUACAUGUGCCUGGAGGGCGGUUGCGGCUCCUGUGUCUGCGUCAUUCGCCGGCGUCACCCAGUCACACAGGAGGUGCAGUCUCGAGCAGCUAACUCGUGCCUAACGCUGCUCAACACCUGCGACGAUGCAGAGAUAAUGACGGAUGAGGGGCUGGGGAACCAGCAGAGUGGCUACCAUCCCAUCCAGAAGCGCCUGGCCCAGAUGAAUGGUACCCAGUGUGGCUACUGCUCGCCGGGAUUUGUGAUGAACAUGUACGGGCUGCUGGAACAGCACCGCGGCCAGGUGAGCAUGUCGCAGGUGGAGGAUGCUUUCGGGGGCAACCUUUGUCGCUGCACCGGCUAUCGACCCAUCCUAGAUGCCAUGAAAUCUUUUGCGGUGGAUAGCACCGUCGAGAUUCCUCCCGAGUGCGUCGAUAUUGAAGACUCUUUCGAGCUGCUCUGUCCGAAGACUGGACAGUCGUGCAAGGGAAGCUGCUCGAGGCCACCGCUGGUGGAUAGCGAUGGGAGCCACUGGUACUGGCCCAAGUCCCUGGCGGAGCUAUUCUCAGCUCUAGCUCAGGUUAGCAAUGGGGAGAGAUACAUCCUGGUGGCCGGGAAUACAGCUCAUGGAGUUUACCGGCGACCCAGGGAUAUAAAGCACUUCAUCGACGUGAACAUGGUGCCGGAGCUGAGGCAGACCAGCAUCGAGGCUGAUCACCUGCUCCUCGGCGGCAAUGUGACGCUGACGGAUGCCAUGCAGCUAUUUCUGCUGGCCGCCAAGCGUCCCGGAUUCGAAUAUUGCUCUCAGUUAUGGCGGCACUUUAACUUGAUUGCCAAUGUGCCGGUGAGAAAUAACGGCACACUUGCGGGCAAUAUCAGUAUCAAGAAACAGCACUCUGAGUUUCCCUCGGACGUCUUCAUCACUUUUGAAGCGUUGGAUGUGCACGUUCUGGUCUACGAUAAUCCCAGUACUCAAAGGGUAAUGACAUUGCUGGCAUAUCUUGGAGACACUACGCAAAAACUGGUAUUGGGUGGAUUUAUCCUGAAGGCCUACCCCAAGGACAGAUUCCUCUUUGGCUCCUACAAGAUCCUUCCUAGAGCCCAGAAUGUGCAUGCCUAUGUAAAUGCAGGAUUCCUAAUCGAAUGGCAGGAUAUCCAGCGUAGAAUUGUGCGCUCUGCUCGUAUUUGCUUUGGCAACAUCCGACCUGACUACGUGCACGACGAUGAAUUGGAGCAGCUUCUCCCGGGCAGGGAUCUUUACGAUUCCGCUACGGUGGCUCAGAUAUUCCAGCAGCUGCCAUCUAGUUUGCAGCCCGAGGAGCGGCCACCGGAGGCAUCUCCUGAAUAUCGGCAGAUCCUGGCCUGCUCGCUGCUCUACAAGUUCCUCCUAGGCACUGCACCCAGAGAGCGAGUUCGGGAACGAUAUCGCACUGGAGGAUUACUUUUAGAGAGACCUCUCUCCUCCGGCAGUCAAUCCUUUGAGACCAUUAAAAAGAACUAUCCAGUUACAAAACCAGUGCUCAAGCUAGAAGGUCUCAUUCAAUGCUCUGGGGAAGCAUCCUAUAUGAACGAUCUACUGACCUCAUCGAAUGCGGUUUACUGCGCAUUUGUGACCGCCAAGAGAGUUGGAGCCUCCAUUGAGCAGAUCGACGCCUCGGCUGCUCUCAAAUGCAAGGGCGUUGUGGCCUUUUAUUCGGCCAAGGAUAUUCCAGGAGCCAAUAACUUUCUUACUGUCACUGUCCAAACACCAGUGGUGGACGAAGUAUUCGUUGCUGGGCAGGUCAAAUACUAUGACCAGCCUUUGGGCGUCAUUGCAGCUCUUUCGCAGGAUGUUGCUGUAUAUGCUGCCACUCUAGUUGUGGUCACAUACGCCAAGGAUCAAAGAAAAGUCUUUAGAAGCAUCAAUCAAGUUCUGGCUGAAAAACAGAACGAUCGAAUCGUACGGCUUAAAAAGGAAGAAAAGGAGCUUCCGAAGUCGCCACCUUUAGCGCCUGGCGAUGUCAUGGGAAGAGGGAUUCUCGAGCUUGAAUCACAGUAUCACUUCACCAUGGAACCCCAAACAACAAUCGUAGUGCCUCUGGAUAACAUCCUUCAAGUAUACUGUGCCACCCAGUGGAUGGAUGGCACACAGGGAGCCAUUGCCCACAUGUUGGGCGUAAGUGUGAACUCCAUUCAGCUCAAUGUACGACGAGUUGGGGGAGGCUAUGGCGCGAAGGUAACGAGAGCCAACCCAGUGGCUUGUGCAGCUGCUUUGGUGGCCUCGAAGCUGAAAAGACCAGCUCGAUUCGUUCAGACCAUUGAAUCCAUGAUGGAAAGCAAUGGCAAGCGCUGGGCCUGUCGCUCGGAUUAUGAAUUCCGUGCCAGAGCCAACGGAUCGAUCAUCAUGCUAACAAAUAACUAUUACGAAGAUGCUGGAUGCAAUCUAAACGAGAGUGUGGUGGAUUUUUUAACCCUACCAGCCCUCAGAAAUGUCUACAACCUGACCGACUCGAACUUUAGAGCCAGAGGAAGUGCUAUUGUCACUGAUGCUCCCAGUUCGACUUGGUGCCGUGCGCCAGGAUCAGCGGAGGGUAUUGCCAUGACGGAAACAGCCUUGGAACACAUUGCUUUCUCCUGCCAGCUUGAUCCCGCCGAUGUGCGCCUGGUCAAUCUUCAGCCGGGAAGUAAAAUGGUUCAGCUCCUACCGCGGUUUCUGGCAACCACAGAAUACCGGAAACGGCGGGAGCAGAUUAACCUAUUCAACACCCAGAAUCGAUGGCGGAAGCGGGGUCUGGGUUUGUCUCUAAUGAGUUUCCCGUUGAACACCAGCAUAGCCUUCACUUAUCCAGUUACGGUUGCCAUCUACCACGAAGACGGAUCUGUUGUGAUCUCGCAUGGAGGCAUAGAGAUUGGACAGGGUGUGAACACUAAGGCGGCCCAGGUAGCAGCCUUUGUGCUGGGCGUGCCUCUGGAACAGGUUCGUGUGGAGGCGAGCAACACGGUGAGUGGAGCCAACUCCAUGCUGACAGCCAACUCCAUGACCAGCGAGAUGAUUGGUCUGGCCGUGAGGAAAGCAUGUGACACUUUGAACAAGCGAUUGGAGCCACUUAAGCAACGACUGGGAUCCCAAGCAACCUGGUUGCAAGUCCUCCAAGCUGCCUACUUGGAGUCCGUUUUUCUUAUCGCAACGGAGUCAUACAAGUUGGGAGAUAUACCGAACUACAACAUCUACGGGUUAAGUCUAACCGAACUUGAGCUGGACAUCCUGACUGGCAAUCAUCUGAUCCGUCGAGUGGACAUUCUGGAGGAUGCUGGGGAGAGCUUGAGCCCUCUGAUCGAUGUUGGUCAGGUGGAAGGUGCUUUUGUUAUGGGUUUGGGAUACUAUCUUACUGAGUUGCUGGUCUACGACCGUCAGACUGGUCGCAUUCUCACUAACCGAACCUGGAACUACCAUCCUCCUGGAGCCAAGGAUAUUCCAAUUGACUUUCGCAUCGAACUGCUGCAGAAGAACCCGAAUCCAGUGGGCUUUAUGCGUUCGAAGGCCACUGGUGAGCCAGCUUUGUGCCUGGCUGUCGGAGUUCUUUUUGCCAUGCAACAUGCCAUCCAGUCAGCCAGGAAAGAUGCGGGUCUACCCAGGGAGUGGGUGCGGUUAGGAGCACCCACUACGCCAGAGACUGUAGUGCUUAAUUCUGGAAGCCAGGUGGAGGCGUUCACCUUGCAGUAA